AUGGAACCUCCACCCGGGCUUCGUCGACAGGGAGAGAAUGUUGUAUGUCGGCUACACAAAUCUCUAUAUGGCCUUAAACAAGCAUCAAGAAAUUGGUUUCUUACAUUUUUAGAAACUAUUCAAAAGGCUGUUUAUGAACAGUCAAAACCCGAUUAUUCUCUUUUCUUCAAGGCUCAAGGUACCUCAUUUACUGCAAUCGUGGUCUAUGUUGAUGAUAUACUUCUCACAGGAAAUAAUCUUCAUGAAAUCGAGCGUCUCAAAAGGUAUAUGUCUCAAAGAAAAUAUGCAUUAGAUAUUUUACAAGAUUCCGGUCUACUAGGAGCACGCCCAGACAAGUUUCCAAUAGAACAAAAUCUGAAACUUACUCCUACUAAUGGAGAAUUAUUGAAUGAUCCAACCAAGUAUAGAAGAUUAGUUGGCAAAUUGAUAUAUCUUACGGUUACGAGACAUGUCAGAGUGUACUCUAUUCGUACAUUAAGUCAGUACAUGCAUAAGCCUCGAAAACCUCACCGGGAUGCUGCUAGACGGAUCCUCAAAUACAUCAAGAGUACUCCAGGACAAGAUAUGUUAUUCCCUUCCUGCAAUAAUCUCACAUUAAAGGCCUUUUGUGAUUCAUGCUGUUUUCUUGGUAAUUCCCUUAUCUCAUGGAAAUCCAAGAAACAAUCAAAUGUUUCAAGAUCGUCCGCCGAAGCAGAGUAUCGAGCAAUGGCUAACACAUGCUUGGAGCUUUUACGUUACAUUCUGCAAGAUCAAAGAGUCCCACAAGCAGCUCCUACACAACUAUUCUGUGACAAUCAAGCUGCUUUGCAUAUUGCAGUGAAUCCCGUUUUCCAUGAACGCACUAAACAUAUUGAAAUAGAUUGUCACAUAGUUCGAGAAAAACUUCAAGCUGGAAUGAUUAGUCCAUCAUAUGUACCUAGGGAUGGCAAUGGGGCAGUGCGGGUGCGGGGCGGGGCGGGUUUGAACUGCCAUGCCGGAGAGUUCAUGUCGUCCACCGGCUAUCCAGGCUUCUUCCAGCGGUUCUACGGGUUAUCAGGGUCAGCCAUCAGGGCAGCAGGUCACCGCCCCGCGCUGUUGUUUUGA